GUUUCCGGUCCUGCGCCGUCUAUGGAGCGGAUUGGAACCCGGAGUCAGGAUUCGAUAAAUGAAGGGUCUUUAACCAAAAAGGUGAGGUGUUUUCUCUUCCAAGUACAGCGUCUUAACACCCAAUGACCACACAACAUUGUAGUGGAGAUGCACACGGUUGGCCCGGGUCGCGCCGGAGUUUCCUGAACCGCCUCCCUUGUUGACUGUCGGCCGUUGAAGAGCAUCGACUCCGGUUUGGCGGUUUGCGUCUCCGGUCCAUCCGCCAUGCCGACUGUUCUUUGUUACAUUUCCAGAAGAGGACCAGCUCAGAUCGGAGUUAAAACCCGGCUGGAGUUUGGGAAGGACGCAAAUCCUGGAUUCCUCCUUCUUCCCGGACUGCAUCUGUUCUCAUGCACGUCCACACUGAAAGGCUUACACUAGAAACCAGUUAUUAUUGUCAAAAUACAGCACUGUUGAUCCCCCCGCUGUCUUCAGGGCAGCCCCUCAGUAUCCCGGGUUGGCUGUGGAUGCAGACUCUAAAGUUCUCUUACAUUCUGCUGCACUCCUCCAAAUAGUUCUUUGCACAAAGUGUACAUUUCUGUGAGAUUUUAACCCUUCAAACAUUUCCGUCUGAAUAAAUGUCAUCAACUAGCUUUCCCUCUUUCUUUAUCUUGUCAGAAUGGCAGAGCAGACAUCAGAUGAGCUGAUCUGUGAGUAUGAAUCCAGCUCUGACUCCGUGUUUCAGACACACUCCAGGCACCAUCAUGACAGGUGUGUUGUGUGUCUUUCAGGGUGUGAAGACUGUGGUCAGUACCAUGACUCUGAGUGCCCUGAACUGGGACCCCUGGUGACCGUCCAGGACUCAUUUGUCCUCAGCAGGGCCAGGUGAGUAAAGAUAAGGUCUGUGCAGAGACUUUUAAAGGGGUGUGUUCAAAGUUCAAGAGGAACACUUCGGUGUCAGCAUUAUUGGGGGGGCCUUUGCAGACCAUGUCCCUAAAAAUGUGCCACCUUGCCCCCCCACCUCAACUCUGCCCAGUAUACUGCAGGGCAGGCCCUUAUUACUAUACUUUUUGUUAAAAUAUUAACCAUUUUAAAAUACAUCAUUUCCUAAUAAAAACUAGAGAAUAAACAGAGACACCAAUUUAUCAAAAUGAAGACAGAUACAGCCUCCACCACAGCAGUGAUUGAGAGUUCAUUCUGACUUUACUGUUCCCUUAGAGAAACAUAUUUUUAGACUGACUAUUCCACAAAUGAGUCCCUGCUGGUUGAUUUACAGUGCAUCCGUAAAGUAUUCAUACCACUUCACUUUUUCCACAUUUUGUUAUGCAACAUUUGAGUGUCUUAUUUUUAAUAAAUUUGCAAAAUGUUCUAAAAAAAAGUUUUUCACUUUGUCAUUAUGGGGUAUUUUGUGUAGAAUUUUUGAGGGGAAAAAAUGAAUUUAAUCCAUUUUGGAAUAAGGCUGUAACAUAAAAUGUGGAAAAAGUGAAGUGGUAUGAAUUCUUUCCAGAUGCACUGUAUAUCCCGUAAAAAUCAAUGUUCUUGAGAGGUUCAGCACUAUCAUAUGUCACCGGAGAACCUUCAGUUGAAAUACAUUUUUGAGUUUGAUGAUUGUUGAAAAUAUUAAGAGGGGUCUGUUGUCUGUAGAGGAUGAUGCUCUAACGUGCACACACAAUGAGUGUGUGGGCGUGAGAGAGGGAGGAGGGAAAGAAGACAGACAUGGCUCGAGAGACAGCAGGGACGAGAGUCCAUCCAGGGUGAAGGAGUGAACUUCUCUGUGAUUUUCAUAAACAUCUUUAGACUCACUUAUUGACUCUUAAAGACCCACUCUGAUGAAACUCAUGUUUUUCUUGUUGUCUACAUGUUCAUAUGACAUUUUUCUGAUGCUACAGGACAUAUCAUGAGAAAACUAAGAGCAAAAUUGCAUUCAGUAUUUCUACAUUCAAAUCAUUGUGAAUCUCUGGCAGACGCAAGCAGCAAGUUCAGACACAGUGCCAUUUUCAAUGUCACAACUCCAAGCUCCGCCCCUGGAGCUCCGCUAUACAGGCCAGACAAAGAGAGGUAGAGAGGACGAUCACGGAACAAGUGUGUAUGUUUGCGGAUUUUAAUGCUCAUCAGACAGCUAAUUAUGAUACCAACUUUCAUCAAGUCCACAAAGACAUUAGUGUCUCAGAACUGAAUAGCUCCUAUGUUACCUACCACUUCUACGACACCAGCAAUGUUAGGCUACAACCUAGCGUGAAGAUGAGUGUGCGGAGCAGUGCUGUCUCCACCCACAACUCAGAGGCGAAUAACUGAUGAGCUACUGGAGCUCUGCAGAAGAAAAGCCCUUGAAAAUGACACAGGUAACGUGAUUUUGGCUAAAACUUCAUAAUCACAAUUUAAAGACCACUGAGGACACUUUAAGUAUGAAAAAUACGAUCAGAGUGGGACUUUAAGUUCAUAUCGUUGUCUGGAUCUGUUCAUUCUCAUACUCAUGAAGUAGAAGUGAAGAGAUUUAAAAACAACAAAUGCAUCAGAAAAUGGGCUGGCCUUGUUUUGUAUCGUGACUGGAGUUUGAAUACAUCAGUUUUCUAAGAAAAAUUGUCUCAUCUGCUCUAAUUAUAUAUUUAUUUUUCUAUCGUCUCAACUUCUGUCUCCUCUAUCAGGUCCUCUCUUCCAAACAGCCUGGAGAUCAGACAGGUGGCUGAUGGGAAAGAGGGGGUGUUUGUCCUGCGCCGACUGGUCAAGAGGACCCGAUUCGGGCCCUUUGAGGCUAAGAGGGUCCCCCACCUGGAGAGAGAAAGAGAGUUUCCCUUGAAGGUGCGGCCUAAUGAAUCCUGGGAGGACACAAGUGAUGCUCAGCUCUGUAAUGCACGCAUGUAGUAAUGAGAUUUUUUUUCUGCUUCUUUUGGUUUGAUAGAUCUUCCAGAAGAAUGGCGUGGUGGUGUGUUUUGACUCAAGCUCUGAAGAGGACUGUAACUGGAUGAUGCUGGUUCGACCUGCUACAGACCACAAACACCAGAACCUGACUGCCUACCAGCAAGAUGAUGACAUCUACUUUAACACCUCACAGGUGUGUCAUCAAUCCAAAACUGAGUGUCUGUCUCAGGGCUGCUGAUUUUUCAUCUGAGAUUUGACUGAGUCCUCUUGUCAUGCAGCUAAUUCCUGUUAUUUUACUUUGACUUACCCUUGCUGUCUGUCCUCAGAGUGUAUCCUGAGAUGGAUAAAAAAUGUUUUAGAUCCGCUGCUCCUGCAGAAUCUCCUCCAAGAGAACUUGGGUUUGAGGGAGCUGGUCUGUAAAUGCUUUUAAAAGCAGAUUAAAGGUUUCAGAGGAGGAUGCAUCAGAUUGUUGAUGCUUUGAAUGAUGACAGUCUUCUGUAUUAUUUGGGUUAGGUUGACAUGUGUUUUGUAAUCAUUAUCUAAUAACGUAUGCUGCUGCUGUCUUGGCUAGAACACUCUUGUUAAAGAGGUUUUUUUUGUCUCAAUGAGGCUUUCCUGGAAAAAUAAAAUUAAACCAAAAUAAAUAAAUGGAUAGAUACAAUUAAAGACUGUAUUGGUUUUAGAGAGGGGACAGAGAGAGAUACAGAAAGAGAGUGAUGGAAACAGACAACAACAACAAUAGUACAGACAGCUGUGUGCUUAAAGAGCCAGAGAUAAUAGAACAAGUAUAUUUACUAAAUCUCUAAAUUCCUCUAUUGUACGUUGAGAAACAUUGUUCUUAAACUGUUGGACUUUUUGCUCACGUAGUUGUUGACAAAGUGGUGAUCCUGGCCCCAUCCUCACUUGAGAAGGACUGAGUUUUUCAGGGAUGCUCCUUUUAGAUCCAAUCAUGACCCUUACCUGUUUCCAGUGAACCUGGUCACCUGUGGAGUGAUCCAAACAGGUGCUUUUGGAGCAGUCCUCAAAUUUCCCAGACUUUUGUUGACCCUGAACAUACUUUACAGCAUCAAAUUCAAAAUGAGAGAAUAUUUACCAAAAUAAAAAAAUAAAAAAACGUUUAUCAGUUAGAAAAUUAAAUACAGAUCGGCCCAGAAAUAUUUGGACAGUGACACAAGUUUUGUUAUUUUAGCUGUUUACGAAAACAUAUUCAGAAUACAGUUAUAAAAUCAAGAUGGGCUUAAAGUGCAGACUCCAUAGACUGUGUAUACUAUGGACAACUUGGUUCCGCCUACCGCCUGUAUACGGAUUUGAAGCCAAAAAGCUCUUGAUAUCUUCGGGAUUUUUAUUCAUUUCCUGAAACCAGUGCUGCGCAGUAGUGAUGCGGGCAUUCGGCUGCGCAGUUGCCGAGAGUCACUGUGAUGACGCUCGGCUCAAACAGCGUAUCGGCCCGGGUGAGCUACACAAUCCCUGAACGCCCAUAGGCUGUACCAGGUGUCAAUCAUGGAAAACAUGAACCCCCUAAUAACUUUUAAAAACGGAGCUUCACAGAAAAAAGAGGACUUGAGCACAAACCUGUCUUACAAUAACUACAUGUCAACACCGCAAGCAGGGGGGAGAAAAAUGUAUGUUCUGCGUAAUAAAUUUUUUGUUGUCCACAGCUCCAUAAGCUUUGCUGGCGUAGGCGGGAUUUAUGACCUAUACUGCAGCCCAUCAACAGAGGGUGCUGUUCUCGGAGUGGCUUCACCCAGCGAGGAGGCAGAUGCUGUCCAUUCUAUAUACGGUCUAUGGCAGACUCUCAGCUGUAAUUUGAGAGUAUCCACUUCCAAAUGGAGCAAGGGUUUAGGAAUUACAGCUCUUCAAUAAGUAGCCGCCUCUUUUUCAAGGGUCCAAAAGUUAUUGGACAAUUGACUCAGAAGGCUGCAAAAAACAAAAAAAAUUAACAAGGCUGCAUUGACUCUUCCCUUGUUGACCUGUCAUCAAUUAAGCAGUUAAAAGGUCUGAAGUUGAUUCCAGGUGUGGCGUUUGCAUUUGGAAGUUGUUGCUAUGAAUACAUAACAUGUGGUCAAAGGAGCUCUCAAUGGAGUUGAAACAGACCAUCCUGAGGCUGAAUAAAAAGAAGAAAUCCAUCAGAGAGAUAGCAGAAAUGUUAGGAGUGGCCAAAUAAACAGUUUGGUACAUUCUGAGAAAAAAACAGUGUACCGGUGAGCUUGGGAACUCAAAAAGGCCUGGACGUCCACGGAAGACAACGGUGGUGGAUGAUCACAGAAUCCUUUCCAUGGUGAAGAAAAACCCCUUCACAACAUCCACUCCAGUGAAGAACACUCUCCAGGAAGUAGGUGUAUCAAUAUUCAAGUCAACCAUGAAGAGAAGACUGCAUGAGAGUAAAUACUUAGGAUUCACCACAAGGUGCAAACCAUUAAUCAGCCUCAUGAAUAGAAAGGCCGGAAUUGACUUUGCCAAAAAACACCUGAAGAAGCCAGUCCAGUUCUGGAACAGCAUUCUUUGGACAGAUGAGACCAAGAUCAACCUGUACCAGAAUGAUGGGAAGAAGAAAUUUUGGAGAAGAAUUGGAACAGCUCAUGAUCCAAAGCACACCAUCUUCUGUAACACAUGGUGGAGGCAGUGUGAUGGCAUGGGCAUGCAUGGCUUCCAAUGGCACAGGGUAACUUGUGUUUAUUGAUGAUGUGACAAAAGACAGAAGCAGUGGGAUGAAUUGUGAGGUGUAUAGGGAUAUACUUUCUGCUCAGAUUCAGCCAAAUGCAUUAAAGUUGAUUGGACGGCGCUUCACAGUACAGAUGGACAAUGAUCCAAAACAUACUGCAAAAGCAACCAAGGAGUUUUUUAAAGCAAAGAAGAGAAAUAUUCUGCAAUGAUCGAGUCAAUCACCAGAUCUCAAUCCAUUCGAGCAUGCAUUUCACUUGUUUAAGACAAAACUUAAGGCAGAAAGACCCACAAACAAGCAGCAACUGAAGACAGCUGCAGUAAAGGCCUUGUAAAGCAUCACAAAGGAGAAGACCCAGCAUUUGGUGAUGUCCAUGGGUUCCAGACUUUAGGCAGUCAUUGCCUGCCAAGGAUUCUCAACAAGAUGUUGUUAAGUAACAUUUUACUUAGGGUUAUGUUCAUUUGUCCAUGAAAUGAGGAGCAUUUGUAUAAAAAAUGGCUACAAUUCCUACAUGUUUAAUCAUAUAUUUUUCAAGGCAGGCUGUCAUGUGCUUUUUACUGAGGAGUGGCUUCUGUCUGGCCACUCUACCAUAAAUGCCUGACUGGUGGAGUGCUGCAGAGAUGGGGGUCCUUCUGUAGGGUUCUCCCAUCUCCUCAGUGGAACGCUGGAGCUCUGUCAGAAUGACCAUCAGGUUCUUGGUCACCUCCCUGACCAAGGCCCUUCUCUCCCGCUUGCUCAUUUUGGCUGGGCGGUCAGCUCUAGGAAGAGUCCUGGUGGUUCCAAACGUCUUCCAUUCCUUAAUGAUGGAGACCACUGUGCUUUUUGGGAUCUUCAAUGCAGCAAAUAUUUUUCUGUAACCUUCCCCAGAUCUGUGAGCCGAUACAACCCUGUUUCAGAGGUCUACAGACAAUUCUUUCGACUUCAUGGCUUGGUUUGUGCUCUGACGUGCUCUGUCAGCUGUGGAAUCUUAUAUAGACAGGUGUGGCUCUCCAAAUCAUGUCCAAUCAGCUGAAUUUGCCACAGGUGGACUGCAAUCAAGUUGGAGAAACACUUUAAGGCUGAUCAGUGGAAACAGGGUGCACCUGAGCUCAGUUUUGAGUUUUAUAGCAAAGGGUGUGAAUACUUAUGUAUAUGCAACAUUUGAGUGUCUUAUUUUUAAUAAAUUUGCAAAAUGUUCUAAAAAAAGUUUUUCACUUUGUCAUUAUGGGGUAUUUUGUGUAGAAUUUUUGAGGGAAAAAAGGAAUUUAAUCCAUUUUGGAAUAAGGCUGUAACAUAACAAAAUGUGGAAAAAGUGAAGUGGUAUGAAUACUUAACGGAUGCACUGUAUAUGACAUGAUUAAUCACAUAACAUCAGGUUACAGUAAAGUAAGUUCUGACCGUGAACUUCUGUUUCUCUUUGUCUGCUUAUCUUUCUCUCUUGUCUGUCUCUCCCUCUGAGCAUACAGCUGUAUUUUACAUGUGAAUUCAAACUGAGGAGCAGUUUUUAAGGUAGAUUGUUUCAUUAAAGCCUAACCCUAAAACAAACAAACCAUAGAGCUACAGCAAACUUCCUGAAGACUGAAUAUUAUGCAUCUAUUAUUUUGGUGUAACAAUUGUACCUAAUAAGAGUAGAUGACAUGCCUCUCUAAACCUCUCAGAAUAAAACCAAACGUAAUAGCUUUUGUAGAAUUCAUGCAUUCAGAUAAUGGGUAGUUUGGGGCCUAGUUUUGGGGCAAAAGGAAAGAUAACUCAAACAACACACAGCCUGUGGGACUCCCUUUGAGAGCACACAUCAGAACUUUAAAGCAUUGCAGCAAACAUACUGGCUGUCUGGGCAGCUUGUGUAAAACAGAUUAUGUCCCUUGUACAGGAGUUUUAAUGUUUGAGAAACUCCUCUGUCACAGACAUGUGUUUUGCUUCUGAAUAUGCCAUUUUAGUUUUUGCUCUACAAUUAUUUUGUAACCCCUCAAAAAUAGGGUCAGGACCCCAAGCUUGAAGAACCACCGUUUUAAAUCAGUGGUUAAGGAGUAAAAACUAACAACACUUCAGUUUUCUGAUGUGGUUAAGGAGUAAAAACUAACGACACUUCAGUUUUCUGAUGUUUGGAGAAAUUUUUAUAUUUAUCUUCCUGUUCCUUUUUUCCAGGACGUUCUGCCGGGGACAGAGCUGAGGGUCUGGUAUGGAGCUUUCUAUGCUAAGAAGAUGGAGAGGUCCAUGCUGAAGCCUCCUCUUGAACCACCACCACCACCAGCAGGUAGGUGACUGCGCCUUUUCCCUAUUCUCACUGGUGGUUUUUUCAAUUUUAUAGUCAGUUUUAUUCUGAAGAAUAAUUCUUCUUUCAUUUUUAUUUAAAUCAACCCCCCCCCACACACACACAUACACACACACACACGCCCUAGGUAAACCUUUUAUCAGCUAUCAGGACAAAUCUUAGUGAGUGUAACCCAUGAAGACCUGAACCCUGUCUGACACACGCCUCUGAAAUCCUGAGGGCAAUUUUGAGAAGGGCCCCAAGAUCCUGAGGUUAGUGUUAGGGUUAGGGUUGAGGUUUACAAAAAGCUGAUAUCUCGGCCUCUGUAGCAGAUAGAAACAAAAUUCAAAAAAGUAUUUGAGAGCUUCCACAUGUGGCUUUCAAGAUAACUUUCUUUUAUUUUUCAGAACCUUUAUCACAUUUUUUAAAACUUUGAACAAACAAACUCAAAUGAAGAGACUUUGCACUGGAGAAUAACGAAAUUAUUUGCCUUCUAUCAAACAAGUGGCAGUCAUGAUAAAGUGUCCAUUCAAUACAAAUGUAAAUAUAAAAAAAUAAGGAUUUGAAAGGGUAUGCAGCUGCCUUAGUAUAGUGUCAGUACAAAAGCAGCACUAAAAACUAAAUAAAUAAAUAAAUGAGUGGCUGACGGUGUGGUCAUCUUCGUGCGCAUCCAAAGUCAUACAACACUCACAGAAAUCGCCGAUAGUGUAGAUAAGUGUGAAGCACUCAAUAUGAAGAGGUUGGAUGCUGCUGGAUGCUUCUCCUCCAAAGCUGCUCUCUGUCUCCGUUGUUGCUUACUUUCCUCAUGAAGUAUGUAACAAGAUCCGAGCAUGAAUCCGAUCGCUUUAUUAAGCUUUAUUAGCCAAUCAGAGGUAGACAGGUAUUGACGAUUUGAUUCACCACGACUCCAGGAAUGAUUGAAAAACUACAGAAUGUUACAAAAUGAUAUAUCCACGCUCCCGGCUUGAAGGGUAGAAAUGUGCAGCAGCGCCGCUGGCUUUGGAGGUUGAAAUGCGUACAUGCUUCUCCUGGCUUGAAGGGUAGAAAUGCGUACAUGCGCCCGGCUUUCCGAGUAGAAAUGCGCAGCUCGUUCCCGGCUUGGAAGGUUGAAAUGCGUGCAUGCUGUCCCGGUUUAAAUGGGUUAAUGUCUGUUGCUCUUGGCAAUUUGCAUUUGCUUCUGAAUUCAUCAAACUUUUGAAUUCUUUUAACCUGACACAAUAUGUGAAGGCCCCCAGUGGUGCUGAAGAGCACUUGAUCUUGUGGUCACCCAUGGCCUUUAAAUAGAUGGUGUAAACUUGGCAGAUUUUCUUGUCUCUGACCACAUGGCUGUGCUUUUCCAUAUUCCACUCCUCUCUCCUGACCCCAAGCACACUGCUAUGACUUGCUCACAACCCCUGACUGUUCUCAGUAUCUGUGAGGCUUUUACUGCCACUAAUACAAGUCUUUUUAGCGGUCAUCAUGGCUCCUCUGUAGAUGAUCUAGUCAACAUUUUUAACAGCUCCUGUACCAGUAUUUUGGAGUCCAUUUUCCCUAGUUGUUUUAGAAAGCCUAAAACCUCUGCCUUUGCUGAAUGAGGAACUGAUGACUGUAAGGAGGCAAUGCAGAGAAGCAGAGAGAAAGUAGAAAAAAGACAAAUCAAGUGUUUCCCUUAAAAACCUUUUGUUCAUGUACCAGAGCAAAGUCAAAGGAACAAGGAAUUCCUUCUCUUCACGGGUCAUUGCUAAUCACUGUCAUAACCCCAGAGUCUCAAUUAAAUCUGUCAAAUCUGUGAUCAGUCUUCCACCAUGUCACUCCGCUGAACAAUUUCAAAUUUAUUUCUCCAACAAAGUCAAACAGAUUCAACAUUUAAUCUCUGGAAUCAUGUGAGACUUAAUCUGACUCAGGCCCUCCUUUAACCACUUCAGUGGGAUCUUAGUAGUAACCCUAAAAUGCAUUCUUGCACAGUCUGAAUCAUCCACCUGCCUUGCAGGCUGCUUACCAACCUGCUUUGUAAAAGCUGAGAAUCAAGCAGGUGGUCCUGAUAUUUCAAGUCUUUCAUCUUGGGGGUCCCCAUCUAUUCAAACAUGCUAUAGUUUACCCCCUUUCUAGAGCCCUUUGUUCUCAGCAGUUACAGGCCUGUCUCUAAACUGUCCACACAGCUGAUUUCUUCGAUGAAGAUAAUCAGAUCUUUGCAAAAGUUUAAUCUGGUUUUUUCAGCUCUGUAAAAAAACAGCGCUGUAAAUGUCCAAGUUGAGGUCUCUAAUGACUGAUGGCUUGCAGCUGGUUCUGGCUUGUAUUCUAUACUAAUUCUUCUUUUUUUGUGAAAGUUGUCUUGGUGAACAACAAAGCACCUAAUGUUUUUGAGAAAGUCUCACACAGAAUGAAGAACCCUCACACUCCCCCUGACAAAGAGACCAUAACUCAUGUUCAGGUUUUGGAAACUUUGUUUAGGGGAAAAAAAACAGACUGAAUAGCAAUCAGGUGAUAUGUCAACAAGCGGCUGAUAAAAAUGAAGCUGGACUUUCAGCUAAAGGAUCUAAAUGCUGCUCUAGUUUUCUUUCAUUUUGAAAUUGCUCACACUCUAAAAUACUGUAGCAGUUAGGAGACAAAUGACACAAAAAGGGGUUUGUUAAAGCUGAGGUUGAUAAUUUUUUUUCCAGCACUGUUAUUGAAAAUGUUUUUCUUAUCUUCCUUGUUAGGGGAAAAAAAGAGAGUCAUUGCCCCAGUUGGACUGUCAUUAAUGAGACAAGAGUGAAUUAAAAUGUCCAGAUUUUCUGUCUUUGACUCAGAUGUGACGUCUUCCUCUGCUAACAAUGAGGCUGCAGUGAAAACUGGGACCCUUGUGCCUCUAACAGCCAAAGAGGACAGUACAGGUGAGACCACAUGGAACAUUAACCUGCUGUUUCUGAACAUGCCACUAACAAUAGAUGAAACUGUUAAGGGUUGGCAGUAGACAGACAGACCUAACAUGAGUCUGUCCGUUGUGUCCUUGGGCAAGACACUUAGCCCACCUUGCUCCCAGUGUGUGUCCUCCACUGGUGUAUGAUUGUGAGUGUUGUAUGGUGGUGGUGGUCGGAGAGGCCAUAGGCGCAAACUGGCAGCCAUGUUUCCGUCAGUGAGCAGCUGUGACUACUAAGGCAUAUUACCACCAACAAGGUGUGACUAUGUGAGCGAAUGAAUGAUGUAGUGCACUGUGAAGCUCUUUGAGGGUCUCUGAUAAAGAGCUUAUGAAAUCUGAUGCAUUAUUAUUAUUCACCUGUACAGGAUAGUGCUUAGCAGAGCUAAUGCUGAGUCAUGCUGGUUUGCUCUGAUUCCCCUGCCUUUUUUUGAUAACAGGCAACAUGCUGAGUCAUCUUGAUGAGGUAAAGACAGCAACAACACCUCCAAUCAACUCACUUCUGCCUGAAGAAGAGAGCCUGGUGGGUGCUGUUGAAGAGGGGGGCGAGCUACUUCCUGCAGCUCCACCAGGCCCUAGGAGAGGACCAACCCGGGGGAGGAGAGCGAAAGGACACAAGACUGGAGCUGUUGCAUCUGCUUCAGUUAGAAGUAAAGGUAAGAAGGAAGAACAGGAAGUCACAAACAUAUAAAGUUGAUGAGUAGUUGAGUGAUCUCUGCCUGGGAUUUGUGGGUAUGGGUGUGUGAUUGGUCGGUACCAUUAAGCUCAUGGACAGCAGGUGCUCUUAUUCUAUCUUUUGUGUCUUCUGAAGAGCUGUAUGCACCGCAGUCUGUGGAACAGCCCACUCAUUACUUUAUUACAGCCCACUUCCAUUUCCCCGUGCUGGUUCUCAUAGAAAAGCUGCAAAUGGCUUCACCCAGUCCGCCUCAAAAGCUCUCUCCUCUGUUUCAUCUGCACAAAGAAGACUACUGUUGGUCUGUGUCAGUCUAGCUCCAGUCUAGAGUGUGUGUAGGGUGGUGGAGAUGCUCAGCUAAGAGGAAGCACUGGUGGUGGAUAUCAGCUAAACAACUUGAAGACAACUUGCAUUUUACUCCACAGAGGUGAAUCGUAGUCUUCAGGAGGUGGAACAAAGUUGGCUGAAAACUCCUUGUCCUCACCAGAGCCUGGAAAAGAUUUCAUAAACACCAUGUAUCAUGCUCUGUUGGGUGAUAAAGAGAGGAUUGUUAUUGCAUGAUUAUUUUACUCUUUAUGUCUCCUAAAUUUUGUGUAUUGAAAAACGCACAUAUUUCCAGAGUCUAUAAUCUUUAAGUGAAGUUAGUUAAGAGUAAGUAACACAUACUCCGAACAGGUUGAGGCAGGAUCUGCAGACAGUAAUCUGCGAAAUAACUACAAAUACAGCUUCAUCUAUCAGUAUAAAAGGCAAUGGAGAAGGUUUGAUGGCUAAUACCUUGACUGGGACUCUAUAUGUACUGUUGAUGAAGUUAGGUGCUGUUCUGAGCAUUAUUUGUGGCUAUAGAGAGGCUUUUUGGUUGAGGUUUGCAACUGUGUAUUGCUAUUGUGCGGUCAUUACUAAAGUUGGUAUAACUACAGAAGCAAGCGGUCGGCAACAUUCAUCUAUCUCGGGGGUGUCUAACUCGGUGUUACGGUGUGUUUGACCAUGCUGUUUAAUUUAUAUGAUAUCAUAAUACACUUCAACAGCAACUCUCUCCUCAAUUUUCUCUGAAUUUUCUGAUAAGAGAAAACUAGAAGGAGUCAAGAAAAGAUGCACCAAACCCAGCCUAGUCUGCUCUGACCCCAGUGAGCUGGAUGAAGGUGUGUCCAAGGUUAAACAGGGUUGGAGGUUUAUUUGUGUUCAUUGAGGUUUUUACAGAGGAUGCAUUUUUAAGUUUUGAUUUUUUGAGUUGACAUCAGUUUUUUUGGAGAAUGUAUGGACAGUUUUUAUGCUCUGUAUUAAUCUGUGUUGUUUUUUUAUUGAGGAUGUAUUAUGACAGUGUUGAUGCUUAAUUUCAAUUAACGUUUUGUGGACUGAAAAAGAAGUUGCUUUUUCUUGUGCCACUUGUGAUAAGAGCAAAAAUAAGACAACUAUGAUAGCUCCCCAGAACCAAUGAGUAUAAACAAAAAAAAAGGAAAAGAUCAUGAAGGUGAUCAAUAGAAGGAGUCAUAAGUAAAUUCAAAGGCCCUCAUUUAUCAAUCUUGCGCAGAUCUGAGUGCAGAUCUGAGCGCAGGAUUCAUCCUACGAUAGGACACACGUGAGAUUUAUGAAAGGGUUCAUAUCUGACCAAUCCCAGCGUACGUAUGAUCGGGUCUUGGUAAAUGCGGCGUCUGAAAUUGAUCAUCAUUUACAUGUCACGCCCCUAAAUAUUCAUGGUUCAGAAGCCCCGCCCACCGAGGUCAAACAUGAAAGAGGAGAAAUAUUACAAAGAUGCGAAACUUUUCUGAGCUGAAAGUGGAUAUCCUCACAUCUGUGGUGGAAACUCGCGUGGAUUUUCUCUUUUGGAAGCAUCAAAACUGGAAUUUAAGCAGUCCAGAAAACUCCUGUCUGGAGCAGGAUUAUGGUGGUGGUGAACAGCGCUGUUGCACAAUAGUGGACAGUGGCUGAAGUCUGAAUAAAUCAUUAGUCAGUAAGUUGCUCAUGAUGAUAAAUUAAUAUCUCAUACAUGCCUCAUAUUUGUUUAUUGCCAUGACAUAGGGUACAUUGCUCCUAUUAUUGAAAGUAUUUAGUUUUAAUUUGUUGCGUCUUUGUAAUGUAGAGCAGACUGGAGAGUCUGACAGAGGCUGAACAAAAAUGAUUAUUAUUGUCACAAAACGGUGUGUUGCUGCCCCUGAGGCACAUUUUUAUGGAUUUCUAUUGGAUUUUUAUCACUAAUUAAAUAGCAAGAGCACUUUCUAAACUUAUAUUGUACAUCAGAAUCCAUGGAUAAGGUCCUGUCUCCUCUUUACAGCACCUUUGUGAGUCUCUCCUCGUUAUUGUUCUCCGGGCAUCGGGUCCUCACGUUGCACUGGCACAGCCAACGGCACUCCAUUCGCCAGUGCAACAUUGUGCUAAACUGAACUGGCCCAAAUGAUGUCCCACAUCUUUUCAGGAGGGUACAACAACGUCCCCGCUGCUGGGCCAAGAUAGUUUGAUAGAAUAGAGAAUAGAAUAGAAUAGAAUAUUCCUUUAUUGAUCCCCCAUGGGGGAAAUUUUUUUGUCACAGCAGCAUCACAGACAAAGGUAGUGCAAAAUGCAGUUAUAAAAAUAAAGAUCCUAAUAUUAAGAACUUAAUAAAUGUAAUAAUUAAGAAAAAAAUUAGAAAAGGGAAAAAGGGAGAAGAAAAAAAAAAAAACUUUCUACAAUAUACACAAUAUACACAAUUUAAAUGCCAGAAAAAAGUGGUGGUGUAAAUCCAGUUAUUAUUACAGUUUGUUGUAAAGUCUUAUUGCAGAGGGGAGGAAUGACCUGCGGUAGCGCUCCAUCCUGCAAGGUGGGAGUCUCAGUCUGCUGCUGAAGGAGCUGCUUAAGGCCCCCACAGUCUGGUGCAGUGGGUGAGAGGGAUUGUCCAUGAUGGAUACAAGCUUUGCUAACAUCCUCCUCUCACCCACCUCCUCCAGGGAGUCCAAAGAACAGUCCAGGACAGAACUGGCCCUCCUGACCAGUCUAUUCAGUCUCUUCCUGUCCCUCUCGGUGCCCCCUGCCCCCCAGCAGACCACUGCAUAGAAAAGUGCAGAUGCUACCACAGAGUCAUAGAAAGUCCUGAGCAGAGUCCUGCACACUCCAAAAGACCUCAGUCUCCUCAGCAGGUGGAGACGACUUUGGCCCUUCUUGUACAGAAUGUCUGUGUUUGUUGACCAUUCCAGUUUAUUGUUGAGGUGGACACCCAGGAAUCUGUAAGGAGUCAAACGCAGCGCUCCACAGUGGCGCGUGUGCACACAAUGUUAAAACAGCGCUCCUGCUCUGUGGCAGUGUUUCUGGGCAGAGUUAUCAAAUAGGAAUAUUCACUAAGGACAUAACAAAUUUAUUUUAUUAAAUUUGAUUUACGUCUUAAUCUUCAAUGAAAUCUGGCUGAUUGUGCUUAAUGACAUGUUUGAGGUUUGUUUAUCAAUUAUUUUGAGACAGACAUUCGCUGCACUGCAGAUUCACACUGCCUCAAACUUGUGUACACAAUGUCAGACCUGUUGUGAGAUUUGGUCGUAGCGUACACUCACGUGCAGAUUGAUAAAUGCCGAUCCUCACGUCAAAAGUUUUGUACGCAAGGUGUACGCAAGUUUUCUGCCGUACACAAGCUUGAUAAAUGAGGGCCAUUGUGUUUAUGUUAGGGUGAAUUUUGCGUCUCAUUGAGUUCAUCAUUUUGGCUCAGGUAUUUUCUCUGUAGUCUGUUUUAAAGGGUCCAAAGAAGUAAAUGCUUUAACUGUUCUUUAUGAAAUGCUCACUGGUCUAAGCACAAAGAAAACCACUAUCAGUCCUUAGAUCCUCAUUGCUAAACUUGGUGUUGCAACUAUCUCUUUUUGAUGUAUUUCUGACAGGUGCUGAUGUGAAGCCUCCAGUGCAGAGCUCAGAGCCAACAGCAUCGGAGAGCAGCAGCAAACUGCUGAGCGCUCCAGACAACACAGCCAUUAUGAAGAGACACAAAGUCAGAGAGCACAAGAGAGUGUACCGCUGCUCGCUCUGCAGCAAGGUCUUCCAGAACAGCAGCAACCUCAACAGACACAUCCGAUCUCAUGGUACGUGAACCACUGAUUCACCUAGAUUCACUGUCUCUUUCUGAGACUCACACAAUGGCUCUCAUUCAUGAAAUGUUUGUAAAUUUAUGUGUAGUUAAAGAUUUUAUAUGGCACUUAAAAACUUCUCUGGAUUCAUGAAUGCUGUGGAAACUCCUGAUUUGAUCGUGAACAUGUAAGUUCAUGAACGCCAAAUGAUGGUGUAUAGUGACAGUGUGCACACUAGCACUUUACACCAUCAUAAAAUAAUUAGGCCUUCGUAAAUUAUUCCACGAGUAUGGAUUUGUGGAUUACGAAUGCACAUGCUUGAAUCAGCGCAUAGCUUUUUUUAUUGAUCUGACACAUGAGGGCUCCUUAAACGUGCAAGUAUGUAAACACGUUAUAUUCUCUCCCUGCUCCGUCCUCCAAACCAGUUCCACCUGAGCUGCCAUGUGAUGUUGUCUGCCUCACCAGGCCACAGAGCCCCAGCACUGAGUAAUCAAUAUUUGAUCAUCACUGAACACGUGUAAAACACACAUAUAAAACAACCUCUUUCAGAUUUUUAUUCUACCUGUAGUUCAAAUCUGCUUAUUGCCAAACACUUUUGUUAAAUGUGUUAGAUAUUGAUUGUUAUGGUCAUGUUUAAAUGAUAUUUAUAAAGGUUUCUGCCUAUUGUAAACAUACCAGAUCACAGUGAUAAGAAUUAAAAUAUAGAAUGUGAUAAUUCUCACACCAACUCAAACGGAAUUUUUUAGUAGCUAUAAACAAACAAACCUGGACUACUAAAACUGAUGAAUGAAGGUUUGCCUGUAAAUUUUUUUCUGCUCCCAUUUAAUGAAUAAGACCCAUUGCCGUAGGCGCAAAAUGGCAGCCACGUUUCCGUCAGUCUACCCCAGGGCAGCUGUGACUACGUAGGUAGUUUACCACCACCAAAGUGUGACUGUGUGAGUGAAUGAAUGAUGUAUCUAUCCAAUGUAAAGCGCUUUGAGGGUCUCUGAUAAAGUGCUAUAUGAAAUCUGAUGCAUUAUUAUUAUUAUUAUUAUUAUUAUUAUUAUUGCAUGUCGUGUUCGAUAAGUAAAUUCUCAUACCAUCUUUAUUGCUACAAAAAGGCUCAAAAUUUACCUAACAGAGAGGGUCCCAACAAGCUCAUAAUUUCUUUCUAGUAAGAUCAAUUUUCAACACUGGAUAACUGAAAACAUUCAAACUACUGAAGCCGCCUUAUAUUGGCCAAGCUCUGUCUUUACACCACAAUUGUUUUCCUCAAACGCCAGACAGUUCCCAGGUGGAAGUGAGGAAGGUAGGGAGCAGCGAGGGCUGCAGCCCCCUCUGGUGGUGGCUUUGGCCCCUGAAUUAUCUAAAAAAGAAGUCAGACUUUUCAAGGUUGUGUAUUGUUUUGGUGUUUGAGAGCUUUGCAAAAUGUUCCUGGCAAUUAUUUUAGUAAUUCACAUAUACAUCUAAUAUUUAAAUCUUAAAUCCAUACAGUUUAAUUGUUUUUUUGACUUCCAAUCAGAUAUGUAGUGAGAAAGAGACAAAGGGAUUCCGAUGGUCCUCAAACAUCUUUAGUAAUUUGGCAUCACCUAUCACUGCUUGAACCAGGGUGCUCUUGUAUUCACUUUUCAACUCCUUCCAUUCGGCUUCAUAUCCAUCAUUCCAUCAAAUAAUUAGAGAUUUUCAACUGGGAUGCAUGAUAAUAGUCCUUUAAAUUAGGGAGAGACAAAUAUUGAGAUUUGCAUAUAAAGUUUAUGAAAUUGACCAGUUGGCUCUUAAAAUGGUAAUGACAUGAAAAGAUACAGCAGCCAAGGUGAUAGAGACGUUUAGAUAAUAUUAAUCCCUGCACUUGAACUCAGAUGAGAAGCUAACCAACUACUGAGCUCUUCUUUGGUGUUCUUGUUUACUGUUUAAUAAUUUGACCUGCAUAAAUUAUUAGGACAUUAUGUUUACCUCUCCCAGAUGUUUAAUUGCUCUUUUAGACCAGUCAGACCACCCUCUCCAGAGGCUUUACGUCAUAUACUUAGAAAAUAGAUGUAGGGGACGGAAUCAUGUUUUGCCCCACCCUCUACAUCUAUUUUCUAAGUGUAUGACAUAUACGUUUGAAUCUACGCAUACAUCUAGUUACAAACAUUGUAACUUUGCAGUUUUAGUUGUAAAUGUCGUGCAGCCAGGGCUGAGCUGAGGUCAAUGUGAAGUGACGCUGUCAGCAAAUUGCACAUGGGGGCAGGGUUCUGGCUCUGCAGCCAAUCAAAUUAUCUAUUUUACCUACUUACUGCAUUAUUCGAUCAGUUAAGAAGAUGUCUCAUGGUGGUUUAGGUAAUAGGUGUCAUCUUUGUCAUACAUCAGGCUAAUAUUCAAGCUGCCUCCUGUGGGACAUAUAAAGUUUUGUAUGGGCCAUGUCUGGCCUGAGGGCCUCUAGUUGACUAGACCUGCUCUAAAAGGGAACAUUGGGACCAUUGCAGUCUAGCUCUUGUUGAGGAAACUUUUUUUUACUUUUUUGGUCAUGUAGUUCCUAAAAUAUGUCAAAAUGGGCCCUAGGGUUAAAUCAGCAGUGAGCAUCAAAUGUGAAACAUGUAUUUUAUAAUCUUUCCCUGUAUCGAACUCACAGGUGAUAAGCUCUUCAAAUGUGACGAAUGUGACAAGCUGUUCAGCCGCAAGGAGAGUCUAAAGCAGCACAUCUCUUACAAGCACAGCAAGAACAUGGUGAGUAACACUCCUCACUUUUACCAUCCCCUACUUUUACCCUCUAAACUAGUGUGUUGUUUUUCAUUUCUGUGCCCAUGCAGCCUGACAUGGAGUACAAAUAUAAGUGCAACACAUGUGACAAAUCCUUCCGCCUGGAAAAUGCCUUAAAGUUCCACAACUGCCGCACAGGUAAGGAUGUGUUUUCUUUGUAUUUUUUUAAGUUCUUUCCUUUCUUCUUUAAAAGCCUCUAUGUUGAAAUGUACGCACAUUAAUUCUCAUUAGACACACUAGGUAGACUGUUAAACACAUUCAUAGGAUGGAAUAGAGUUCACAUCCAUCGUGGCUUCACCCUACACAGACUGUAAGAGGUGGUAGGCAUGCACAGCUGAUAAGGAGUUAACCAUAUGCUGCUGGAUAGGCACCAGCUCUUUAUGUUAGCUGUUAGCUUCAGCUACAUGUCUGUCCAAACAAAGACAGUCAAUGAAAUAACCAAAUGGUUACAGAGAUCCAAAUCACAUAAAACAAUGCCAAACAAGCAUUGACCAUACACCCUGUAAAGAGAGCAGAUGUCUCCAGCUCUGAUUUAAGUGCUGCUACAGCUGCAUCCAUGCUUGUCUCUUCAUGGAUUGGUCCAAUCAAUCUCUGACCCAUAACAAGUGUGUCGGUUUGAAGCUGCCCCUUGACAGACAUAAAAUCCCCCUUUUCCUUUUAGAUGACAAGACCUUCCAGUGCGACAUCUGCUCGCGGUUCUUCUCCACAAACAGCAACCUGUCCAAGCACAAAAAGAAGCAUGGAGAGAAGCUCUAUUCCUGUGAAAUCUGCAACAAGAUGUUCUAUCGUAAAGAUGUGAUGCAAGAGCACCACAGGAGGCACGGAGUAGGUAAGUCUCAUAGGAGCACACAGCAAGGCUUUGUUUGUCUUGGUGUUUGAGAUUCUUCAUUUUCUGUAAAGUCUUCACUGGACAUUUGGUGUGUCUUUGUGUUUCUUACUUGCAGCAGAACCUCACAUGAUGCUGCAUAUUAGAGUUCUUUAAUCAGACUGAAAGCUCUUUGCUGAACUAUAGAACCAUGCUGUGUCUCUGCAGGAUCAAAGCACAUGAAGAGAGAGGAGCAGGAGGCUAACGGAGAAGAAGGAACCAAGUACAGGAAGGAACCAUCACCCUGCCCCAUCUGUGGGAAGGUGGGCACUCAGCACCCACACAGUGUGGCAGCAGGUUCAACUGCUCGCUGCAUAUCCAGGGGAUAGAGGAUGCACUGUGGAUGUUCAGUGUGUGUGUGUUUGUGUGUGUGCCUACACAGGUCUUCUCCUGCAGGAGUAACAUGAAUAAGCACCUGUUGACUCACGGUGACAAAAAGUAUACCUGUGAGAUCUGUGCUCGAAAAUUCUUCCGCGUGGACGUCCUCAGAGAUCACAUCCAUGUUCACUUCAAGGUGAGACAGAUCAGAUCAAAUCAAAUCAAAUUUUAUUGAUAAAGCGUCAGUUCACAACAGUCGUUAUCCCAAGACGCUUUCCAAAGAAAAAGAGCAAGUCUAGACCUCGCUCAUUGUUUGAUGAAUUAUCAAGACCAAACCUUAAGAUGGGACAGAUUUGACCCAUCUCAUCAAACAUGAGCGGCAGUGGCAAGGAAAAACUUACUUUAAACAGGCAGAAACCUUGGGAAGGACCAGACUCAUGCUAGACAGCCACCAAGCUGCUGCUGGGUUAAGGAGAAACACAAAGAGCUAAGGAGGGAGAGAGAGAGAGGAGUAGGAGAGAGGGCAGGGGGAGAGAAAGAGGACAAGGGAGAAGGAAGGAGGGAGAGAAUGAGCAAGGGAGAGAGGGUGAGAGAAAAGAGAACGAGGGUGUGAGAGAGAGAGAAAGAGAGAAAGAGAGACAGGGGACAGCAGCAGCAGCUUUAAAACAACAGCACCAACAACAGCUCAUACAGAGUUGUGGUUGCAGAGCAAGUAAAGAUGAAACAAUAUGGAUUAAGUUUACAGGAUUAGGAUAUAAGUAACUAUGGACUAUGUUAAAUUAAUCUAAUGUGAUUAAAGUUGGCAGGUCCAAUGGCAGUUUGCUCUAGCUUUAUGACAGAGCAGAUGCUGGGACUCUACAGUGGCAGUGAAGCCCAGUCUACAGACCCUCAGUUUGUUUUUGCUGCCUGAUAACCACAAUACCAGGUCAGGAAAUGUCUGCUAAUCACCAAGCCAGCCUAUCCUGUUCUGAUGUUUAAGUUAAACUUUGAAACUCUUCUGAUUGGUCAAUGAACAGCUGAUCAGAGUAGCAGUUUUUGAAUGGGACAGUUUUUUAAUUUCAUUGGUAGAAUUUUAACACAACUCAUGACACAAUGACAUUCAUUUGUUUUUUUUUCCUUAUUUACAUAGAGCAUCUUUAUUCUGUGUGGUUUUUAAUCCGUUGUCUCUAUGUCAGGUCAGCACUUGUCACAGAAUCAAACAGGAAAAGUAGAGAUCGGGCUUUGGGAAACCAGGUUAGACUACCCUCAAUUGUUCAGUCUUGAAUGGCUGUUUUCUUUUUAGGACAUAGCUUUAAUGGAUGAGCAGGAGAGAGAAGGCUUCAUCAGGAAGAUCGGCAUUUCAGCAGAUGACAGCGAUGAAACCGAUGAUGAUGAAGAGGAAGAGGACCCAGAGCACCACAAGUACAACUGCAAGAAAUGUCAGGUGAGGUUUUUCCAGACAGACCUGCAUGCUUCUACUCAAACACUUGAGAUUCUACUUCAGUAAUGUUAAUAUCAACCAAACAGACAGGUUGGAGGUCAGUUCCUGUUCAGAUGGGGACUAGGAUUCAAGUGUUUUUCUUUGACCUCAUUCUGUUGAGCACAGGAUAAACUCCCACCAGCUUUUCAUGCCUAAACUAAAUCCUGUGGUCAAGUUUCACUGUCCUAAAUUGGUGGACUCCUUCUUCCUAGCUGUCAUUUGCAAAGGGCAGAGAGUACCUGAAGCACAUCAUGGAGCAGCACAAGGAGAGAGGCUACGGCUGUGGGAUCUGUAACAGACGCUUCGCUCUGAAGGCCACCUACAAUGCUCACCUGGUCAUCCACAGAGAGCAGCUGCCCGACCCUGCAGUGCAGAAGUAAGACUACAUAACUCAGCCCUCCUUUUAUAUCCUGCUCUUUUUUGUAUAUUCAAGCUUUUACUCAGAUCAUGGACAAGGAUGGAUGCCAUCUGCUGUCAUACUAACUGGUUGAAGAACUAUUACAGAUGUUAUUUUAUUAAGUGUGCUAAAAGAUGGGCUGUGUCAAAGCUAUGAACAAUGUUUAAUCCUAGACUGACUUUUAAUCCUAUUCCAGUGAGAAAACAUGACAUAAUCGACAAAGUGGGGUUUCGAUCUGCUCUUUGUGUGACAUGUCUUAUGUAGGUAAAGGUAGACUGAUAACUCUGUUAGGCAGUUAAUCAGGCUGAUGAAUGACAUUUAGAAAUCAGCAUCUGUGAUGAUGCCUGCACUCAUGAGGCUGAUUAAAAAUGAAGCAAUGUCAUCAGACAUCCGAGGCAACUUUGUCAGUAGGGCUGCUGUCCAGCAAUGUUGGGAAGAUGGUAAAAAGUGAGUUCUGAGCCCUUUGCCUUAAACUCUCAUGCACGCUUAUAUGAAUGUUUUCCUAAUGUCCUCAGCCAUCAAACCUGUUAUGAUUUAGUGAUUCCUAAAUGAUAGCAGGUUUUUGCUAUACUAAAUGAUGGCAUUUAAAAAUCAAAGUAUAGAGCAUAAACCAUCAGGAUGUGUGUACAACAUGUUCCAUCAGAGUCCCACUCAACACAGCAUAUACGUCCCAUUCUAGUCACUGCUCAGUGUUACACAGGAACGGCUGUGGUUCAUCUCUGCUCUGCCCAAGAAGCAUCUCAUAUGUAAAGAAAUCUGCACCAAGUCUAUUUUCAAUGGAGCACGCUUUAACCUGCACAGAAUAGAUCGUCCUAGACAGGAUAUCAAGCAGGGAGAGGGGCAUGUCAUCCAGUAAAUUUCAAAAUGAAACAACAUAUGUGGACUCCCGACUGUUUAUCAAUUCAUGUAGAUGAGAAAAACUUUCUGGUUAUGGAUUUAUCAGUAACACAGAGCAACUCGAUGGUCAAUCCCUGAUCCGUGUGGACCACAACAGGACUUUUAGCUGCUAACUUUGUCUGAAGUUAACAGCACAACAAAGUGGGACAUAGUUUAUUUCAUUAAAUACAAGUAAACCUGCAAAAAUCCAAACUUUAAAACCAUGUUGCUUGUUCACAUACAGUAGAAGCUCAACAGUCACAGAAUAAAAUACAAAUGAGCAGGAAAUAGAACACUAACAGGUAAAACAACCUGUUGUGAGCAUGUUGUUUCCUCUAUACUGAUUCAGCUGCUCUUGACUGUGUGAUGCUUCAACAAACUUUCAGUGGGCAAGCAUGUGAGCCUUCAGACAGAGCCGGAACAUGAACUGUAGGCUUUGAGCAUUACUGGCCUCUGUUUCAUAUAAAUUUUGUGCAUCAUAGAAUAAUGGUUGAAAUGCUUGAGAAUGAUUGAUGACUAACUUGGAGAUGAAUUGAAAUGGUUUUGAAAAGGUCUCUGUUGAGGAUGACUGAGACCUCUGAUACUGUGAUACUGAAGCUAGAGGAUAAUAGUCUAAUAAUUCAAAACAGAAAGAGUUAUCUCAACAUGAAGUAGUCACUCUAAUCAUUUCCCAUCUGUUUAAAAGGUACAUCCAUCCAUGUGAGAUCUGCGGCCGGAUCUUCAACAGCAUCGGUAACCUGGAAAGGCACAAGAUCAUCCACACAGGUAAAGCUCCGCCUCUAGGUUCCCUUUAAAAUGCUCGCCUUUGUUUAAACCCUAUAUAGCCCCGUGAAAGGGCUCCAGGUCAGCUGCUCUAUUCUCCACAGUAAUGUUGUGUCUGUAUGUGUCUGUGUCCUUGUGUGAUUGUUCAGGAGUCAAAAGCCACAGCUGUGAUAAAUGUAACAAAUCAUUCGCAAGAAAGGACAUGCUGAAGGAGCACCUGAGGGUUCAUGAUGACAUCAGAGACUUCCUGUGCGCUGAGUGUGGGAAAGGUGAGGACCUUGCAGUACUUUAUCUCCACCACCCACCCUGUAAAACUCCACUGUAAACAGUCAAUGUCCGGAUUGUCGCCCUGUUGAAGAGAUAUUUUUUUAUCCUGUGUAGGCAUGAAGACCAAGCAUGCUCUGAGGCAUCACAUGAAGCUUCACAAGGGCAUCAAAGAGUACGAGUGUAAGGAGUGUAACCGCAAGUUUGCUCAGAAGGUCAACAUGCUGAAACACUACAAGAGACACACAGGUGAGGACAACCUGUGACAACGAAGGAGAGGGGAAAAGCAGCACUGGCAGCAGAACACGUCCACUAUCCACACGUCAAAUGACCUUGGCCAGAUUUUUCAGACAUGUGCAAAGUUAUCCACCCAGAAUAUUUCCUACUAUCCCUAUCAUUUCAGGGCAAAGUCCUGGUGAGCUCAUGUGAGAGCCCUCUGAAAUACAGCCAAUCAGAGUCCAGUCUAGAACCUCUUGCUUCACUAAACCAUGUGACCUUUAACUCUGUUUUUUGAAGGGAACAUGUUUAUCUAUAAUCUCAACAGACCAUCAUAAAAAUAUAGCCAUGCAUACUCUGCAUCAUCUUUAAGGUGGAUUUUCUCCCAGUUAACCAGUUAUCAUCUAUUCAGACUACUCCUCACAGUCUUUUUAAAGGUUGAUUUUUCUCUGUUAUUGGACUCUGAAGCUCUUAUUAAGUUUAAAAUAUGUCGAAUCACUAGGUUUAGUUAGUCAGAUAUGUCCUCCUUUCAUGUAGAGGUCCAACCUAUCAGUAAGACAAAGGGGGCAUCCACUAAAACUGGGACUUUUGACUCCCCUGACCCCCCUACACACCACAUGAGCAGGUCUAUAAUGAAGGCCAUGCAGAGGCCCAGACUGUUAAAAAGUGCUGGAUCACUGUUCUGAAGGCAAGUGUUUUUCUUCUUACAUCCAGUUCAGCCAAAAUAAGCUCACUGCACCUGAAAACUGUCUCUGUUUAUAGGCACGUCAACACUUCCUUAUAAGCAGGGAUGUAGGCUGGAGUGUUCUGUCAGCUUACAGUUGACUGACAUCCUUGAACCCAAACACAUGCUGACAGUCAAAUCUGUGUUCUCCACUGUGUUCAUGAAUCCAGUGUAAGGUCUUCAUACCAAGGACUUUUAUUGUGAAAAGCACCCAGAGAGAGUAAGCAUAUUUCAAUUUUUUUUAACAGUGGUAGUCACGGGUAUACUGAGUCGAUAAACUGUCUGUCUGGCUGUAAAAACUGGCAGAGCAGAUCUUCUAUUUUCUAAAUUGACCCUGUGGCAGUCUGAAAGCUCUGAAUGGCUGACACUCUUGAUGAAAUGGAUGUCAAGCCUUAGCUGUGUGUGAGACUCAUGAAUGAGUCCUGUCCUUGGUUGUGAUGUGUGAGCAGAGUAGACACAGCCCAGUGCAGUAAAACCCAUCAAAGUCUAUGCUGGUUUACUAAAACAAGUGCACUUGCACACACACACACACCCACACACACACACACACACACACACACACAUAUAUAUUCCAUAAAUGAAACAAGAGGUGCGUGUCUUUUGAGUGGAGGAAGGCCAUCUCUCAAAAUUCAUGGUUUGGAAAACACUGCUCAGAUCCUGACUCAGCUUUCUGGUAGUUUAUUAGCAUUUACUGUUUGAUAUACACUGGGACCUGAUUAUCAUUCUGACAGUCUGUACACUGACACUCGUGUGAUAAUAUCUACCCAUAAUUCUCUCUCUGCUGAGCUCCCACACUCCAGCAGCCCCAACAUCAACAACCGUACACACAGCACUGCGUGUACCUUACCUCCAUCCUCUCUCUCUUUCUCUCUCACUGGCUUUACCACACACACUUGGGCACACAGCUGUUAACCAACAGAGCCAUAGCACUAGUAUAAUACACUGUUAAAGGCAGGCAGAUCCAUAGGUGAAUCACAACACAAAGAUCAUAGGUAACCAUUCUCUGUAUCAUCUUCACCUCACACUUGAUCAUAAUUGAGGUAUACCCAGGCAGUCAUGCAAUUAUGUUCAUAAUACAAGAAGAUCUCUCAAAAGCACAUGAAUAGAAAUCCUGAAUUUGAAUGUGUUGUUGUCAAAUAUACUGACUCUGCUUUAAGGAUAAAACAUCACACCACUCUAAUAUUCAAAAGACUCUUAUGGGUAAAGACAUCUGAGAUAAGCAUUUCCAAUAUUACCAGGACUUUUUCAGGAAAUGCCGUGCAUUAUACAAAAAUAUCUAUAUAUUGAAUGAAGGAGCUUUUGAUUGAUGAAAAAACUGGAUUAACUCUAUUAGGUCAAAUUCUUGACUUGUGGACCACCUAAGAGAAUGAGAUGAAGACCAUUUUAUUGCAAAUAUUGUAUACAGACAGAAAGUUAUCAUGUCCAGGCCAUCAAACCUAUGCAUUAGACCCUUUAUAGUUCAUAUCUCCUGUCUGUGUCAAAGGACGGGAACAAUUAUUCAAGAAUUUAUAGCCCAGGGCUGAAUUUCCCUGUCUCCUCUCUAGAGACCAAAUAUAAGUCUUACAUGUGGGGUGUGUCAGAGCUGAGGUGACAGGAGUGCAUUUGUAGAACUAUGAGUUCAUCAUAAUCCUCUUUUUCCUGUUGCUCCCCUAACUGUGUGCCUGCAGGUAUCAAAGACUUCAUGUGUGAACUAUGUGGGAAGACUUUCAGUGAGAGGACAACUCUGGAAACACACAAACUCAUCCACACAGGCAAGUAUUUUUAAGUCAGAUCCUGUUUUAAACAAAAAGUCCCAAACAGUGAAAAUUGCAGACACUGACAAGCUCCUCCCACUGAGUGAUACAGACACUGACAGUCUUCACACCGACCUUAACAGUUACUGGCACCUCCCCACACUGAUCAUUACGCACACUGACAGUGCCUCACACGGACACUCCACAUUGACUUAUCAGUGCUAACAGUAACUUGAUGAUGGCAGAUGAAUGAAAAAGGUCAAUUCCCUCCUCUUCCUCUCUCAUUGCAGUGGGGAAGACAUGGACGUGUGCUACAUGUGAUAAAAAAUACCUGACAGAGUACAUGCUGCAGAAGCACGUCCAUCUGACCCAUGAGAAGGUGGAGGCUCAGUCCUGUCAUCUGUGUGGUACCAAAGUGUCCACAAGAGCUUCCAUGAACCGACACCUGAGACGCAAACACCCCGAGGUAAGAACAGCCACGUUUGAAAACAACCCAAAUCCAUAAACCUUUCAAAGCUUCUCCUGAUCCUAGCAACUGCUUUCUAUCUAAGUCUGAAUUUUUCCUCCUGCAGGUGGCGUCUGCACGGAUUGACGAGUUUGAUGAUCUGCAGGAACCUUCAACAAUCAACGAUUCAUCCAUCAGCAUUGUGCAGGUUAGAUGACACUCCUCUCAGGCCAACCAGCAAUGACACUGUGACUUAUAACAGUCCUAGUAACACUGUUUUAAAGUUUCGUUUUGAGCCUUUUUUUUCCACCAAUUGAGAUUGACAUUAGAACUGAAGAGGAACAGGGAGAUGGUGAGAAGAUAGUGGGGGUAGAAAUGCAGCAAAGAGUUGUAGACAGGAGUGGGACAGAGACCGCUGCAACAAGGACUGUAGUCUCUGUUUUUAUUUGAAAUGCUUGCACAUCUAUGUAUCAUAGGACGGGUGUGUGAGAAAGACCAGAGCAUCUGUUACUGUGAUGGCUGAUUACCAUUAUAGUAACAGGCCUGAGUUGAUAAAACAUAAAAGUCAACAUCCUGGCUAAGAGUGAACUGGACAUCAAGCAAAACAAGCAAUCAAAAAUUCCUGUUGUAAUAAUAAACAAAAUGAAGAUUAAGAUGUAGCUUCGUCAGAGUGUAGUAGAGCUACAGUUCAAAAAAAGAAGAAAAAAAUCACAAAUUAGAUAGGAACAUAUGAGUGCUUUGAUUUAAGAGUAGUCACUAUAUAGACUCAAAACUGUGUCAUAGAAGUUGGUCAUCUAGAUGAAGAAAAGUCUCAUCAACAGGUUAUCAACUCGUAUAUGAGACACAAACUGUUUCCCUGAAGGGUGAUUUUACUGGAUAAAUAUUGUGUAGGGAUUAAUCUGCAGAGAGAUGCUCCAAAUAUUUGUAUAAAGGCUCAUUUAAAUGUAUGCAGACAGCACAGGAGGCAGGCUUUGUGUCCUUCUGGCUCACUUGCUCUGGUUUGGUGGGCACAAAAUCUGCUGACUUUGGUCCAGAGGGCACAAGGAAGCUUACGAUUACAGUUAGCUCUGAGUCUGUAAAAUAUGACGACCUGGUGAUGGCAGACUGGUCCCUGUCCAUGAUCAAUCAAUCAAUCAAUCAACUUUAUUUCUAAAGCACAAGGUAGCCAAAGUGCUGUACAAUGACACAUAAAAACAAAUAAAACAAUCAAAGAACAAGAUAAAGCGAGCAGAAAUACAUUAAUGCAAAAGAAUAAAUAAGUAUAUAAAUAAGCAGGCUCACGGCAAGUGCUAAGAUGAUAAAAAACAAAAUAACACUACAAUGCAUCAAAAGCCAAGGAGUAAAAGUGUGAUGGUCUCACAGCAGGACCAAGGCCUUUCUCAUCUGAACACAUUUGUGAUAACUCUGGGAUGAUUAAUCAAGUUGAAAUCCUACGUCAUGGGCCCACUCUGAGUGAUUUCCUUUGGUGAGAUCGGUGAAGACAGAUAAUUUUACAGUUCCAUGAGUCUGUUGACCUUUCCUCAUCAAGCAGCUCUCUGUGUCAUAAAGUAAAAAAAACAGUUGGUACCACUGUAUCUGAGCGUCCUCUUUGUGUACUAUCAUCAGUGUGACAACCAACUGAAGACAUAAAUGAACAUAGAGAUAGUUUUUAUACGCAGCUUUUUUUAUGGAUGACACACAGUGCAAAGUUCUGCAUAGAGCUAUCAACACUGAAACGAUGGUGUGUCUGGAUAUGCUUCCUUCCUGUAUGACACUUAAGUUCUCAGAAAACCAAAAAGAAUCAAGCCUUCCUUCAGAUUUUGCUCUGUCACUGUCUGUGCGUUCACACAUUUAGACAUUCAGGUGGCUGUGACUGAGCGGUAGAGGUCCCAGUGUGUGAAUGUGGUGUGAAUGAAUGAAUCGUAGGUGAUGUAAAAGCACUUCAAGUGGUCAGAAGACUAGCGAAAGAGAGAAAGAAACACGGUCAGCAUACUGUUCUUCCUCUCCCUCCUCAGCCCUCUCUGACUCUGGACAAAGAGGGUCUCGCUCAGGAGAGGCCCAGCCGAUCUCUUCAACACCCAAAGAAGAAGCAGAGAAUCCAGACUGAGCCGGAUCUGUCAGAGUCAGACAAGUAUGUGGACUUCACUCAACCACGGCAGGAAACCAUGACUGAAUUCAACGCCGUCAUUGUGGGUGAAGAGACAGAGACCAGCUCUGCUGUGCAGAGUAUCCAACAGGUACAUGGCAAGAGUUUUAUUCACUUGUAUUCCAAUACUUUUACACUUAAUCAUGUUACAUAGCAUGUAUCUUCAUCCUAAGAAAUCUCCUCUGAAUCACUGUGCAAAUGUUAAACCCAAUAACUCAUCGCUCACAUGUUUUCAACAAAGCUCAUAGCCUUCCUUUUUGGGUCUAGUUCUCAUGGACUCUGAACAAAAACAGCUCGGAGCAACAAAAUAUUUAUUUAAGAAAGUCCUGCAGAAAGAGACUUCAUAACUAUUUAAACUCAAAUGUUUUCAGGUCAUGUUUGUAACAACAGAUCUUUUGAGUAAAACACCUGAAUGAAUGUUUGUCUGGGGAAAAAGGCAUUUUUACCUGUUUCUCAUGUCAUCCCGACACGUGAAGACAGUCUUUGCAUUAGAGUUGGGUGUACAUGGAAAAAAAAGGGGGAUGAGACCUAAACCUCUGUAUUUAUUUAGUGAGGAAGAGGAAGAGAUACGGCCUUUAAUGUUUUUCAUCAUGGGAUGAUCCCACACUGAGAUGGGAGAGCUGGAGAAGUCCUUAAUAACAUUUAUGAUCCUGACUUUUUAGACAAUUUCAUGUUAAUGAUGGGUGACAAUCAAACACGACUUCUGUCUGUUUGUCAGUCAGUCUGUCUGUCAAGCUUGAUCUGUCCUGUAUUCUCCUGUACAGCCUGUUAUGAACAUCCUAUUGGAGUUUAUUGAUGCUGACAGUGCAGUGAUCAGACAUCGAGUGGACCUGUGUGUUACAAACACUGACACAGAGAGUCCAGGCUGCCAUGCAGUCAUUUAAAUUUAAUUCAGCAAUGUCACUUCAGUCUGUGAUCACCCACGCAGUAUAGAGAGAGUGAGGAGAGAGGGGGAGGCUUUUCAUUAUGUCGGCAAAACUGUUAGUGGUCAUCGUUGAAUGGUUUGUAAGGUGAAAUAAAGGAGUGAGGAGCUUCCUGUUAAUCUGUAACAAAAGGGGGAAAGCAGAGUCCAAUCAGGAGUGUUCACUGGAGACUCAUGGUUGAUGUGAGGUGUGGGUAAAUCUGUCUGGGAUGUCUUGCUCCCAGAUGUUGGGCCGUUGUAUUUUCAAAGAUUUGAUACCGUCAACGCCUUUCUGUCUGACCCUUUACAAAGCUCUAGUGUGUUGCUCUGUAUUCUCAAUAUUUUGAGUGCAGUUAGAGGGGUGGGUGUGAUUAAUAAGGAUUCUGCAGGAGGAGCUCUUAGUUCCUCCAUUUGUGGCUCUCUAGUUACUUGUUUUUAAUCUUUUGAACUCCUUUGGUGUAUUUAUGAAUUUUAGAUUUACAGCGUCAUUUUUAUAAUUUCCAUCUAGAAAAGAAAUAUGAAUUUCUCUGGUUAACUGUAACUCACAAAACAUUCACAUCCACAGCUGGGUGAAAGGGUGAUGGAAAAAUGCUUAUUGGGAGAUUUCUGCUCUUCCAGCAGGUCCAAAAAGAGUUUUGGCUGCACACAUGAACAGAUCUCUCAGGCUCUCUUUAUUUUUCCACAUUUGCAUUGAAGUCCCAGCGCAUAAUACGUUGAAAAAAAAUAACAAACAAAUGGAAAUGGUGCUUUGCCUCGUACACUGCAUGAUAGCUCUCUGUCAAAUUGCACCUCAGACAGUUUUGGCACUUGCUUGGGUUGUUUUCCUCUAUCUAGAUUUUUGCUUGUGUUGUUCGUGCUCUUAAAUGUGUGGACAAAAGCGUCUGCUUACUGACACUGUAACAUUGGUUGUCAGUGUGCAUGUGGGACAGAAUCACAAAAGGGUUUUGACAACAAGCUCAGGGUUUAUUUGUUGAUGGUAGUGCAGGAAAAGCUUGAAAAGUAACGCACAAGAUGGUGGAUGCUGCGGUCAUCUUCCUGCACCAGUGGUGCUUUGACACUCAGGGGUCUACAAGAAAUGACUGGCUGGGCUUUACAAACUAGUCAGGGGUGUCAACACUAUCAUAAGCUAUGGUAAUAACCGCACACGCCUAAAAUCCCAGCAGCCGCCUGGUUUCUGGCACUGGAAAAUCUAGAAAUCCAGGAUUGCUUGCACUUUGGCUAACAGAGCACCCGCUUAUCCAUGCCUUCUGCUUUCCAAGGUAUAUAACAAGGGCAUUACCAAAUGGAUACCUGAGCAAAUUCAGAGUGAAACAUGCACCCUCUAAACAGCUGAAAUUUUGUCUUAAUACUUUCACAUGCUCAGAUCACACAGAGGAAUAACAAUGUCACUGAGCUAUGCCUCACACUGUUUGAUGCCAGAAAGAAGUGUAUCCAUCAGACUGCAGCAGGGUGAAAGAAAUAACGGUCAUUGAGGAAAUGGUCAGGUGUAACAAAAGCUGAGAUCUCAGUGUUAGGCUGUUCAACAGUUCAACUUACUGGUUAUCAUAUAGAGGAUUCAAUUUUGCAACAACGUCAUGGCUCAACCCACCACUCAGGAAAAGAGUAUGAUUUUUGUUUUGAAAUGAACCUUACAGUAAUCAGAAAGGUGAAGUCUGGUUCCACAUAGGAACUAGGAGCAAAGAAGAGCUCCACAGACAAAACCAUUUUCCAGAAGAUACUUAACCUACUUUUCAAUCACAGCCCACUUGUUAACCUGGUAUUCGUGCUGCUUAUCCAGGUUAUCACUGGUUACCAUGUUCCUGUAUCCCGAGCUUUUACUUUCAUCAGUAAUAGUUGUGCAAUGAGAAUAACAUCAGUUGUACAUACCACUUAGUUCAACUCAUUUAUUUUUAGUUACUGUUUUUUGGAAAACAGUUAUUCACUCUAUCUGUUUUACUGCAACUGACAAGUUCCUCCUCUGGGGAUCAAUGAGGUGUUAUCUAUUCUUGUGAUCACCAGUGUCUGUGUUGCCCAGUUGGUUUACAACUCUCAGGUGAUCAUCCACCCCUUUGACCGGGGGAGGAGCAACAGAGACUAUACAUUUCCACCUUGGCCCCCGUCACUUUUAAAAUGAUAAAUGAGGACCAUUAUGUUCACGAACACACUCACCAGCAGAAAGGGUGAGUUUGGGGCCUCCUUUAAAGACUUUGGUCAGGACCGUGUCAGAUAUGCGAUUUCUAUGUCUGUACAAUAACGUCCGUACUAGGCUGCUCUUCAGGGGUCCGUUUCACGUAGCAGGUUUAAUGGAAACUCAGAGUCUGUUAACCCUGAAAUCAGGGAAACUCUGAGUUUUCCGUUUCACAAAGGAGGGUCAGUUAAACCAGAGAGAGAGGGGUAACUCUAACCUGUUUCACAAAGAGAGGUAACUCAACCUCGCGGUCAGUUACCACAGUAACAGACUCUGUGAACCUAACCUGCUCGGGAGCAGGUUUAACUCAGUGAACCCAGAGUUUCAGGUGAGACAUCGGCAUUUUCUCAUUUUGAUCAUGUUUUACAUUGUCAAGUAAGUAUUAAGUGGCAGUUUGAUCCCUUAGAAAAUGCUCUUUUCACACUCAAAAAUGAAUUUUACUCUCUUAUGAUGUUCCGUUAAAUGAUUAGGAAUAUUAAACUAACACACACUUUCACUCAGCAAAUAGAAAGAGGGCAGAUGCCAGAAAAACGGGUGGUGGGCCAGCAGCCCCACCUUUAAUGGAGGCAGAGUAGCUGCCCCCCCUCACGGCCGGUCCAAUCCUACCUUUUGUAAGGUAGGCUAUAUGAGUGAAGGGAAAAAACUUCUGAGGUUUAACAGUGGAGUUGAACUGAGACAGUGUCCUUAAACUGAAAUGAGGGAUUAUUUAAACAGCCAAUCACAGACAGGUGUAUGACCAUCAUGGUAAGUGUAAUGGAAUGUCCUCAGGAGUUCCACUUUAUUUGGGCCACAGGGCAAAUGCACCGAGUCACUAUUGUUAAAGUGUGGAUUUUUCCUCAUUCCCCUUCCAGACAAAUUUCGAUUUGCUACUAGUCCUAAAGCUUGAAGAAUUUUAGGAAAAAUUAUACAUGAAAACAUACGGUUUGAUCAGGGUUUGUGUGCCAUUAUUUUUCUCUAUUGUAUACAAUUAUUUUGCAAUGCAAAUCUCAAAAAACUGCAGAAAACUAAUGGACAAGCCAAAAAAAAGAGAGCAAUUAUUGAUUGCUAUUCGAACAUCUACUGCUCUGGCUCCCUUUUUUAAAUUUAUUUUUUCUUCCAUCUUAAAACUAAAUACUUAAAAAAGGAAUGUUUGUUGUUAAGUGCUCCAUGUAUAUAAUAUCAGAAUGAUACCAGUAUUAAUUAUUUGAAAUCUCUGAAGAAUCUCAUCCUAAUGUAAACACCCCAGCUGUAGACCCCCCGUGGCCCUUUUAAAAUUUCCCAGAGGGAAUUUUCUAGUAUGAGUUUUGCUUUAUGAGAAAAUUUUAACUCAUUGAUAUUUUUUGUAAAAAAAAAAAAAAAAACAUUAAUACAAUAACAGUAAUGAAUUUACAGAAAAUGUCUCAAUAUCAAAACAUCACAUAAGGCAGUCUCUCUGACUAAAUGAGGGAUUUCCUGAUAUUUAUAUUUUUCUGCUCUUUUCACCUGCGCCCAACCAGAAGUCAGCCAUAUUGGUUUGAAAAUUUGGGUAUUGACAUUUUUGCUCCCUUUUUUAAGAUAAUUUCAAAAAUUAACUCCUCCUAGGGAUUUAAUGCUAGAAAGCUGAAACUGCAGCCACAGGCAGUCUACUUUCAAACUGAUGAUCAAACUUUCAGACUUAGGCAACAGUGCGCCCUCAAACACAAGUAGGGCUUUUUGCAAGUACCUACGAAUGGCCGCCUCUGAAGCAAACCAUUUACAGCUUUGAUGUUAUUUCUCCUCCAGUCUACAGGAGAGACCUUGAGGAAGAUCAUAUAUAAAAAAAAAUGUGUGUAGGUCGAAGGGUGUUUUUUUCUGUUCUUUUCACCCAUGAAUGUUUAUUUUUCAGGUUGUGGUCUUGGCUGACUCCAGCACUCCAUCAGCCUCUUCACCAAACAGCUCAGUGGGUCUCACCAACAUCACUGUCACUCCAAUCACCAGCCACGCCCCUGCCCAGUUCACCAGCCUGCAGCCUGUUGCUGUAGGUCACCUAACCGCCAGCGACCGGUCCCUCACCCUGGACAACUCCAUCCUCACUGUCACAUUUGACACCGUCAGUGGCUCUGCCAUGCUCCACAAUCGUCCUGCCGAGCUUGUCCCAGAGACAGUGGGACCCGGCGGGGUCUCCACAUCUCAGUCUGUCGCCCACUUUAUCAACGUCACCACGCUGGUCAACCCCAUGAGCCACCAACUGGAGGCGCCAACACUGGCCUGGAGACCAGUAUCUGCAGGUGAAGGCAGCCAGGUGACCCCCAUCCUAGAAGGGCCUCAAGUGGAGGGUCAGGACUCUCAGAAUCAGGGACGAGAGCCAAGCAGAACCGUCCAGAGCCGGCCAGCUGCCUCUCAGCAGAGCGGCUCUACUCAGCAGAUGUUUGGUUACUGACAGAGAGACUGGAGGUGCAGGUCACCUCACACACACACACAUCAACAUACACACACUCAUACACACACUACAGACCAUAACAUAGCUGAGUGGACAAAGCUUUGAUAACCGUCACACAGAUGCCUCCUCAGCCCCAUGAACUGGAUGAAAGUAGAACCUGUGCUUUUUAUAAAUGGGAUGAAAUGGAAAAACGUGAUGUCUAAAUCUCAGCCAGAACCCUUUUCUACUUUAAACCAAAGCAACAUGAUGAACAUUCAGAUGCCUCAACAGCUUGAAAAAAAGAGCUGCAUGUCUUCAUAGUUAUUCUGCUGCUUCAAACAUGUAAUAUGAAAAUGAUCCAAGAAAAUCUGAAAUCCAAUCAAGUGAUUUCAUGUAAUCAUGUGACAUGUCCUCAGUGUUUAAAGUGUCACACCCUUGAAGUGUUAUUUUUAUCAGCCCUGAACUGUUUGAUAAAUUCAUGUAAAUCUGCUUAAUUACUGAGGAUCUUUUCUUUCUUUACUGUCAUUUUAAAUCAAAUACCUCUGAGA